CAGAUGGGAACAUGGGAAUAGUCGUUGGAAUUUCAAUUUUCAAUUUCAAUUUUCUCGGAGUUUAUUGUUCAGUUGAAGUUGAAAACAACUGCGUAAUGCGUAUUAUUUUGUAAUUUUAUAAUUUCAUUUUUAAAGGUAUCAUGUUCGAAAAUUAGUUUUCUCCAAAAUCAUUUUUUGAUAUAAAUUGAGUGAGUCGAAAUGAAGGUAAAAUUAAUCAUAUCAUCGUGUGUGUAGUAUACUUAAUCUGUUGUUUAAUAUAUCGUUAUCGUAAUACUUGUAAUGGAGAGAUCUUAUUUCGGUAGUGCUAUUAAAACUUAUCCAAGUAAACGAAAUCGUGCGUCGAGUUAUCGUCAGAGUUGUGUAGUUUUCAAAGACGACGAUCCUUUUGACCAGUUAAUCGAAGAUGAACAAAACAAGAAACCGUUAACAUUGAAAAAAUAUGGCUUUGAGAAAGGCGCGGGUAGAAGCACCAAAAGUUAUAUUCCUUCUGGUAACAAUGCUCCUGCUCUGAGAACUAUUCAAAACUAUACCUGUAUAAAUCGUAAAUCUUCUAUUCUUCCACACACUAGAAAAAAGAAAGUGAGAACCAAAAUCUUGAAAGGAAAUAAGGAAAAUGCGCUGAAAUGUAGUUCACGUUUAUUCAAGAGUAAUUCAGAUUCCGAUAAUGAUCUCAAAGGGUUAUCUGCUUAUGAUUUGAGUCCUAGUGUGAAUCCACUCGCCGACUACAAGAAACGAAGAGCAUUUCAAAGAACCAAACCCAAGCCAAAGUCACGUCCGUUAUCAGUUGCGAACGAUAUCAACGCUGAUAGAUGCCUUUUAGCCAAAGAAACCAUCACAUCAAAAGCUCCUGAUCCGGUGAUAGCUAUUAAUCAUACCAACAGUGAUGCAGAACGUGAUGAAACAGUGUUUAAAAAACCGACUGCUUUCGUAGAACGAAGUUCAGAUUUGUUCUACAAAAAUUCGAUAAACAAGAAUCGUGGGCAGACAAAGACGCGAAAAAUAUUACUUUUUAAUGAUAACCAUUCUUUGGAUAACGAAUACGAUGCCGAUAAUUCGUUUGAAAAUUAUACUAGUCAGCGUGCCAUCGACGAGUUAUUCAACUGUGAUUAUGAAACGCAAAAUGAAUAUCGUUGUUCAGAAGUUUUUAAUCCGGGUACGGCUUCAACGCCCAAUUUUGAUAGAAGGAAAUUGCCUUUCAGCCAAACUUUCGAAGAAAACGAAGCUGAAGACAGAAAAUGGGUGAAAUCACUCGAGAACACUCCUCGUUCACCUCUUCUUAACUUAUCAAGUAAUUCAAUCAAUUCGGUUUCAUUAAAUCAAAAGGAAGCAUGCAACCGAAGCGUUCACUUGACUACUGAUGAAUGUCAUGGAAUUAGCAAUAAUAGUAAAAAUGAAAAAGUUGCAGAGCAACUAGAUUGCUUGUCUAAUUCCGCUGUAGAAUCUUCUUGUAGAAAUGAUUCUAUAUCGCCGGCUAUGCAUAGUGAUUCGGGAAAAGAACAAGCUGGAGUAGAAAUCGUGAAAAAUGAGAGUGCGGUCAAGACCAGUGAUUCCUUGCUAAAUUGCAGUUUACGCCCUCUUUCUGAAAAUUCAGAACAUCUUCAUUUGAAUACUUUUAAUCAACGCGAUACGGAUAAUUCGUUAACGACCGAUCAUUCAGAUAAAGAGCAUUCUGAUGCUGAGACUAUUUCGAGAAACGAUAGUGCAGAAAAACCGACUGAUUUCGCUUCACAGACUUCCAUAGAUUCACUCUCCGAUGCUUCAACAAGUUUAGAUCAUGAUUCAUCUGCCAACUUGAUCACCUCUAGUCAACGUUUGAACAAUUCGAUUGAAAGCAAAUAUCCGCAGAACGAACAACCCGAACUGAUAGUCGUUUUGCAACAUCGUAGUCCAGUCGAGUCGCAAACCUCCGCAUCACCAACUUCUUCGCAUACUGUUUUCAAUGAUUCAAAGAGUUCGGAUAACUUCAAUGAUUCUUCACCUCGUCUCAAUAGACGUUCGUCACCUCCUAGCAUCGUAUCGCCUAUCUCACCAGAUUCCAGUGACCGCAGAAUUACUUUACUUAGAAUGUUUGAAGAAAUAGUAGACGACUGCACAGAAAACGUGGCAGAAUUGACAAAUCAGUUGCAUUCGUGCAGCCUGGAGGAUAAGCAAAAUAGUUCCAAAGUCGAAUCGGGUUCCAAUAUAGAUUGCCCCUCAACAUCAACUCAAUUUCAAAAAUCUACGAAUGGCGUUUCUAUAACUAAUGUAACAGUAGAACCAGACAUGAAAAAUGAUGCAUCAGUGAAAGAAAACACUACGGUCCUUACCCAAGAAAUUAUACCUAAUUUUUCAUCGAUGAAUAUAACGGUGGAAACAGAAGUAAUACAGCCUUCAUUGAGCGAAAUAUUCAAAUGCUUAUCUCCUAUUCACGUACUCACAGAAAACAUUUUAGAUGAUGACAAAUUUGUGGGUUGGUCAUGCGAAGAAUACCUCCAAAUCUUGGAACUCAGAGACGCUUUCGUAAACCUAUGUAAAGAACCAGAAACCAAACAAGUACAAUCAGAGGAAGAAAUUCCGGCGCAUUUGAAACAUGUAACGAGACGUCGAAAGAAAACAAUGGUUAUGCCUACGUUGAACGAAGAAAAUAGCAAUUUAGAAGAUGACGAGGUUGACUUGUGCAGUGAAACAAGAAACAAUCCUCUGCGCAGUCAAUAUACUCAACAAAUCUGCUCUCAAAAUCAAACAUCUCUCUAUGUGUCGCGAUUUUUAGAAAGAUCAUCCAUGAUGUCUCAUUCGAUUGUCUUGGCCGCUGGUAAAAAAUGGCGCCGUUCUUUCAUUACAUUGAAAAAUAUUCGCGAAUAUGGGUUUCAAUCUCAGGCUGAACAUGAGGAUUUGAAAGGAAGAUGUUGGAGGAAAAAUGUCGAAGAGUUGAUUUCCAAUCAGUUGGAUGAAAACACCGAUUUGAAAGAAAUUUCUGAAAGCAGCACUUUGAGAUCAGAUUCGAAUGAAACGUUUUUAAAUCCAAAUUCCACAUGUUUAGAGAGAUGUAAAAGGCCGGAUAAAGCGAGAUUUUCUUUUUGUGUAAAUCAAAAAUCACCGCUACCACAACAGCAGGCAGAUGAAAGUAGUAGGUUGACGUCAUCUUCGGAAACUAGUAAAUUAUUCAGUGAUAAAUCGUAUACCUCUUUCGUGGGCUCUCAGCACGACUCGAGAAUUGAAAAUAAGUACGAUUUAGAAGCCGGAGAUUACUCGCGGCCUUUCAAAGUAUCAUUAGAUUGUUACGACUUACGAGAUUAUCGUUCCUCUAAAGAAAAAGUGCUGCAAUAUUGUAAACAAACUCAACCUUUACCUUUCGAUGAAUGUCUUAACGACCGGCUGUUAGAAAAUUGCAAAAAAAUUGGUGAAGGCGUUUAUGGGGAAGUAUUCAUGCUGAAACGUAACCGAGCGCAUUGCUCCGUAUUGAAAAUAAUACCUAUCGAAGGAGAUCUACUUGUUAACGGCGAAAAGCAGAAAAAAUUCGAAGAAAUUCUUUCCGAAUUGGUUAUAUCGAUAGAACUGAGCGAUCUCAAAAAGAGAACAGAUUAUUGUACCGAUAAUUUCGCCGAAUUGCAGAAGUGUUGGUGCGUAUAUGGUGAAUACCCGAAACGAUUGAUAGAUCUCUGGGACGUUUAUAACGAUAAAAAAGGUUCAGAUAACGAUUCUCCGAAAGUGUUCGAUAAUGAACAGUUGUACAUAAUUUUAGAACUGAGUCACGGAGGCGAAGACGUAGAAUCAUUCGUAUUCAAUAACGCCCAACAAGCGUUGUCUGUAUUCACUCAGGUUGCUUACGCAUUGGCUGUAGCCGAAGCAGCGUUUCAAUUCGAGCACCGAGACCUUCAUUGGGGCAAUAUAUUGGUUUCAAAGUCAAAAGAAGAGAGAACCUUAUAUAAAAUUGGCGAGUUUCAGAAUAGCGUUAAACUAUGUGGUGUGAAAGUCACCAUAAUUGAUUACACGUUAUCAAGAAUAUCAAUAAAUAACUGCAUAGUGUUCAACGACAUCGGUCAAGAUCCAGAUCUGUUUACAGCUCAUGGUGACUUCCAAUUCGAAGUUUACAGAUUAAUGAGAAAUGAAGUGAGGAAUAUUUGGAACCAAUUCGCGCCAAAAACGAACGUAUACUGGUUAUGUUACUUGUUAGAUAAGAUGGUAAAAGAAGUCCGAUAUCGACGUAUUUCUACACAAAUUCAUAGAAAAAAUUUCAAACUAUUAGAAGAACUUACCGAAUCCGUGAAAGAAUUUGCCAGUUGCCACGAAUUAAUCUACCACUUCAACUGUAAACGUACCAUUUCAACGAUACGGUAAUUGCAGUCAACAUUAUUGCACAUAACUGCCUAUUGUGAUCUCAAAUUUGCCUAUCUGUGAUGUUAAAAUUUAUGUAUUUUAAAAUUCCGAUGAAUAAAUUUUUUUAUUUUUUCA